AUGAUCGAAUUUAAGAAUUUAUUGCAUAUUAUUAUUAUUAUUAUUACUAUUAUUAUUAUUAUUAUUAUUAUUAUUAUUAUUAUUAUUAUCAUAUUAUUAUUAUUAUUAUUAUUAUUAUUAUUAUUAUUAUUAUUAUUAUUAUUAUUAUUAUUAUUAUUAUUAUUAUUAUUAUUAUUAUUAUUAGUUAAAAAUGUCGUUAAUUAA